GGGGGUGGGUGAGAAGUAAGUAGUAAAUGUAUAUAUCUCCUUGAGGUUGAGGUUGAGGUUGAGGUUGAGGUUGUUGGGGGUUAUGGAGAAGAGCAGAUCAUUCCCAGACUACCCAUGUUCCUACACGGAUGUUCGGUUGGGGUUGGGGUCAUUGGAGGAAAGAAGCAAGUCAUUUAACUUCAAUGGUCCGAAUGAUAACCCAGAGGUGAAGAGGAGGAAGAGGGUGGCUUCCUACAACUUGUACACUAUGGAAGGUAAGCUCAAAUCAUCCUUCAGGAACAGUUUCAAGUGGAUCAAGAGGAAGUUCACCGAUAACUUUUACGAUUCAUGAUCUAUUUAUAUAUAUACACACAUCAACCGUCCCCCAGACUCCACUUAAGCGGAAGAUUCGUGCACUGAGUAUGUCUUUUUUUUUUUUUUUUUUUUUUUUUUUUUUGUGUGUGUGUGUGUGGAUUACUGUUGCAUAAUAAUGGUCAGAGCAUGUCAAGUGUUCUUAUGUUGCUGAAUGUAAAAUUUUGUAUAGUCUUACUGAAUUGAAUUAUGCUAUGUGUCAUUCAUAUUCAUGCAUACACAUGUAUAUAUGUGUAUUCAUAUA